UCUCUGCCAGCGGUGAUCAGUGCAGGGCAUGUGGACACGCUCCUCCUGGGUAUAGAAACACCCCUCCAGCCUCUCUCCCGGAGGGCCCACGGCGCGCCCAUGUCCCCAACCCCGCUCAGGAGUGACCUGGGUCGCCUCUGCACCUACUUGGAGGAACUGGAGGCCACAGAGCUGAAGAAGUUCAAGUUAUACCUGGGGACUGCGACAGAAAUGGGGGAGGGCAAGAUCCCCUGGGGGCGGAUGGAACCGGCGGGUCCCCUGGAAAUGGCUCAGCUGCUGGCGGCUCAUUUCGGGCCGCGGGAGGCCUGGCUGCUGACCCUCGGCGUCUUUCAGCGGAUCAACAGGAAGGACCUGUGGGAAAGAGGCCAGAGAGAGGACCUAGGGAGGGACGCUCCACCUGGCGGCGCACCCUCACUGGGCAGCGAGUCAGCAUGUUCUCUGGAAGUCUUGCCUGCCGCUCCAAGAAAAGAUCCCCAGGAAACCUACCGGGACUACGUCCGCAGGAAAUUCCGGCUCAUGGAAGAUCGCAACGCGCGCCUGGGGGAGUGCGUCAACCUCAGCCACCGGUACACGCGGCUCCUCCUGGCGAAGGAACACUCCAGCCCCAGGGGGGCCCAGCAGAAGCUCUUGGACACCGGCCGGGGACAUGCGGGGACCGCCGGCCAGCCGGCCAGCCUCAUCCAGAUAGAGGCCCUCUUCGAGCCGGAUGAAGAGCGCCCAGAGCCCCCGCGCACCGUGGUUCUGCAGGGCGCGGCGGGCAUGGGCAAAUCCAUGCUGGCCCACAAAGUGAUGCUCGACUGGGCCGACGGGAAGCUCUUCCAAGACAGAUUCGACUACGUCUGCUACAUCAACUGCCGGGAGAUGAACCUGGGCACCGCGGAGCGCAGCGCGCGAGACCUCCUGGCCGGCUGCUGGCCCGAGCCCUGCGCGCCUCUCCGAGAGCUCGUCCGCGUGCCUGAGCGUCUCCUCGUCAUCAUGGACGGCUUUGACGAGCUCAGACCCUCCUUCCACGACCCGCAGGGCACCUGGUGCCUCUGCUGGGAGAAGAAAGUGCCCGCGGAGGUCCUCCUGGGCAGUCUGAUUCGUAAGAAGCUCCUGCCCGAGCUGUCUUUGCUCAUCACCACGCGGCCCACCGCUCUGGCCAAGCUCCAGCGUUCACUCGAGCAUCCCAGGCAUGUGGCGAUCCUGGGCUUCUCCGAGGCCGAGCGCAAGGAGUACUUCCACAGGUAUUUCCACGACGGGGAGCAGGCCGGCCAGGUGUUCAGCUUCGUGAGAGACGACGAGCCCCUCUUCACUCUAUGCUUUGUCCCCAUGGUGUGCUGGGUGGUCUGCACCUGCCUCAAGCAGCAGCUGGAGGGCGGGGGGCUCUUAAGACGGAGGUCGAGGACCACGACGGCCGUGUACCUGCUCUACCUCCUGAGUCUGAUGCAACCCAAGCCGGGGACCCCCACCCUGCCGUCCCCGCCCAACCGGAGGGGGCUGUGUGCCCUGGCGGCCCACGGCCUCUGGGAACAGAAGAUCCUCUUUGCGGAGCGCGACCUCCGGGAGCACGGCCUGAACGCGGCCGACGUCUCUUCCUUCCUCAACAUGAACAUCUUCCAGAAGGACAUCAACUGCGAGACACUCUACAGUUUCAUCCACCUGAGUUUCCAGGAGUUCUUCGCGGCCAUGCACUACGUCUUGGAUGAUGGAGCGAGCGGGUCCGGCCCCGAGCCGGACCUCAGCAAGUUGCUGACCGAGUACGCCUUCUCCGAGAGGAGCUUCUUAGCCCUCACGGUCCGUUUCCUGUUUGGACUCCUGAACGAGGAGACCAGGAGCUACCUGGAGAAGACGCUGGGCUGGAAGGUCUCGCCUGGCGUCAAGACCGAGCUGCUCGAGUGGAUCCGCCGCAAGGCGCUGAGCGAGGGGUCCACCCUGAAGCGGGGCGCCCUGGAGGUCUUCGGCUGCCUGUACGAGCUUCAGGAGGAGGAAUUCAUCCAACAAGCCCUCAGCCCCUUCCAGGUGGUCGUGGUCAACAACAUCACCACCAAGAUGGAGCACAUGGUGUCCUCCUUUUGUGUGAAGAGCUGCAGGAACGCCGAGGUGCUUCAGCUCUUCGGGGCUGCCUACCAAGCCGAUGGAGAGGACGGGGUGAGCUGGCCCCUGGCAACGUCAUCCCCCGAGAGGCACGUUUUACCCGACAUCUACAGCGAGCAGCUGGCUGCUGCCCUCAGCACCAACCCCAGCCUGGUGGAGCUGGCUUUGCACAGCAAUGCCCUGGGAAGCCGGGGGGUGAAGCUGCUAUGUCAAGGACUCAGACACCCCAACUGCAGACUGCAGAACCUGAGGUUGAAGAGAUGCCGAGUUUCCAGCUCUGUCUGCGGGGACCUGACGACCGCGCUGAUCGCCAACAAGCACUUACUGAGGAUGGACCUCAGUGGCAAUGACCUGGGGCUGCCGAGCAUGCAGCUGCUUUGCCAGGGGCUCCGACACCCCAAAUGCAGGCUGCAGGUGGUGCAGUUGAGGAAGUGUCAGCUGGAGGCCGGGGCCUGCCGGGAGCUGGCCUCUGUGCUCAGCACCAGUCGCCAUCUGCUGGAGCUGGACCUGACAGGAAAUGCACUGGAAGACGCGGGCCUGAGGCUCCUGUGUCAAGGUUUGAGGCACCCAGUCUGUAGGCUGCGGAUUUUGUGGUUGAAGAUCUGCCUCCUCACUGGUGCUGCAUGUGAAGACCUGGCAUCCACCCUCUGCGUGAACCAGAGCCUGGUGGAGCUGGACCUAAGCCUGAAUGACCUGGGGGACCCCGGGGUGCUGCUGCUCUGUGAGGGCCUCAAGCACCCCCAGUGCAAACUCCAGACCCUCCGGCUCGGCAUCUGCCGGCUCAGCUCUGCAGCCUGUGAGAGUCUCUCUGCUGUGCUGGGGCUCAGCCCCCACCUUCGGGAGCUGGACCUGAGCUUUAAUGACCUGGGGGACCGUGGCAUGUCCUUGCUGUGUGAGGGGCUGCGACACCCCUCCUGCAGACUCCAGAAACUCUGGCUCGACGGCUGCAGCCUCACAGGCAAAGCGUGUGAGGAUAUUUCCUCCACCCUGGGCAUCAACCAGACCCUCACAGACCUUUAUCUGACCAACAACACCCUGGGGAACACAGGUGUCAGGCUGCUAUGCGAGAGGCUGAGCCACCCAGGCUGCAAGCUCCGAGUCCUCUGGCUGUUUGGCAUGGACCUGAAUAAAAUGACCCACCGAAGUUUGGCGGCACUUCGAGUGACAAAACCUUACUUGGACAUUGGCUGCUGAGUGGCUGAAGUUGCUGGUUCUUCACUGAAAGUCAGGACAGAAGAGGACCAUCCAGGACCCAUGAAUCAACGAUGAUCUCUGUCUCUUCCUCAAGAGACAAGAUCCUCUGCAGGAUAAUCUUUGCUGCUUGGGGUCUGUGCGAUCCCUGUGCAAGAGAGUGGAAUAUUAGUUUGGAGAGUUGGUGCUAUGGAGAGAAUCCAGGGCAGGAUCCCAGAUGAUUCUAGAACAGAAGCUCUCAACUGAGGGUGAUUUUUGCCAGCCUCCCCCUCCAACCUCUGCCUUCCCAAGACACCCAGCAUUGUCACAGGCCACUGGACUGGGGAGAUUUGUUGGCAUCUUGUGAAGUCCUGCUAUAAACAUCGUAGAAAAUAAAAAUACACUGACAGUUCCCAUGACAAAGUGUUAGGGAACUGUUGACCAUAAUCAUCCACCUCCGCCAGGUCUGAUUGCCUGACUUCUCACAACAAGAGGUCCUGAUAAGGAGCUUGAUGCUGCUUGUUGGUUAUCCAUCUUAAAUAAAGCAGUAUAUUAUCCAUCCCAAACUACCCCUUCCCCCCGCCCUUUCCCUCUGGCAACCCUAAACUCGUGAGCAGACUUUUUAAGGCUGACUGAACUAGGGGUAACCUGAUCCACUUACAGAAAUCCCUAGGCUGUCGUAAGGGCUUCCCAGGUGGCGCCAGUAGUAAAGAACCCGCCUGCCAAUGGAGGAGAGGGUUUGAUCCCUGGGUCAGGAAGAUCCCCUGGAGGAGGGCAUGGCAACAGUAUUCUUUCCCGGAGAAUCCCAGGGACAGAGGAGCUUGGAUGGGGUCACAAAGAGUGAGAUAUGACUGAAGGGACUCAGCACACGUACAGGCUGUCAGAAAGCUGAAGGCUAAUGGAAUCUGUGGGCUUAAAAGCUGAGACUACACCUUAAGGUAAAGGCAUGAGUUUUCUGGCUUUGUAGUCAGAACUGCACCUCCAGCAUUGCAGGUGGAUUCUUUACUGAUGAGCCACUGGGUAAGCCUUAGUUUAAAACUAGCAACACAGGACUCCCAGGAUUUACUGGACACUCAAGGUUCAGUGGCUGAAGUGGCUUGGGGAGGGCUACAGAGCACAACUUCUCAAAGAUGGGAUGUCCCGAUUGUAAUGGCCGGGAUUUCCCGCCAAAAAUUGUGAAAUCACCAUUACUACACACCAGUAAUCAUAUCAACUCUAUUUUAGAUUUCAGAAUUACCCAAUUAUUACCAAGACAACUUACAUGAAGCUUUAUCUCCAAAUCCAAUUCUAAGCAGAGCCCUGGGAAGUAACCUUUCACAUUCACCUAUAGGUUAAGGAUCUUGGCAAGACUGCUAGCCCAUUGAUUUUAAGGUCAUAGUUCAGCCACUUGAACUUCUGAAAAAACUUAUAUGUUAAUUCUUAACAUCGAGUGUUAAACACCCAGACUUUUUCAUUUUUAUUAGUUGGAGGCUAAUUAGUUUACAUUAUAGUGGUCUUUGUCAUAGACAUGGAUCAGCCGUGGAUUUACAUGUGUUCCCCAUCCUAAUUCCCCCUCCCAUCCCUCACAAGUGCUCAGGGCUGGUGCACUUGGAAAGCCCAGACUGCAUAACUGCUAAGUUGUGUCUGGCUCUUUUGGAACCCCAAAAGACGCCUGUCUGUUUUCCAGGGAAGAUUACUGAGUGGGUUACCAUCUCCUUCUCCAGGGGACCUUCCCAACCUCUAGGGACUAAACCCACAUCUGUCUCCUGAAUUAGCAGUCGGGUCACCGGAUAAUUGCUACUGUAGGCAGAUUCUUCUACCCCUGAGCCACCAGGUAAGCCCUAAAUUAACACCAUUUGUGCACUUGUAACACUGCCAAUCUGUGCAGCUUGUCAGAAAGCUACAAAUUCCCUUUUUAACCUUCAAUGGUAUUUUAUACCCCAAGUGCUACUAGCCAAAACUUGAAAAUGAGACCAUGGCAGCCACCCCUAAAGAUGCUCCACCCUGGCUAGAGGGAUGGUUACACAGGGUGAGAGGCAAAGCUUCAUUUGUGGCUCCCCUUUGACUCACAUGAACCAUGCCCCCACUCCCAUGGUAAACUGUCUCCCACAUAACUAGUCCCUGGUCCCCAAACUAGUUUCUGGACAAGACUUUUGUGGUUAGUCCCCAACCCAGGGAAUGAGAUUGCUAAAGCCCUAGAAACUACCUCCAUGGCUUCAUUAAUCCUGAGCAACAUGCAGGAUCUAGGAUCCUCACUAGGGAUUAAACCUGAACCCCUUACAUUUUAAAGACGGCCUUACCCAGUUCACACAAAGGCCCCAUUAUGUUAAUGGCCCCACCAAGAUAGACCCACUUUCUGGCAACCCCCCAGAAACUUCCCAUAGUGCCCCAAGGACCACCUUUGGAAAUAAAGUGACUAACAGCACACAAAAUACUGUUUUAUUAACAUUUAAAACCAAUGUUCUGAUUAGUGAAAUAGGCAGAGCUUUUAAUGAUUGUUGAAAUAUUACAAUAGGCAGAGCUUUUAAUGGAGCAACACUGCAGAUUAGACAAGUCCUGGAAUUGGAAGUAAAACCCAUCAUUGAACAGAAGGCGUUGGUUGCUGACAGAAUCUCGAUUUAAGACAAACCUAAGGGAGUCGGUAAUGAAGUCGGUAAACGCGAGCAGAUACCGCAGAUGCCAACCAUUAGAUGGUUUUCCCACGCAGGGACGCUCGAAAUGGGAGCACUUUCCAGUCACGAAUCGGCAAGAACCCCCAUUUUGAGCAUCCCGGUCUGGGUUACUGGAAGUUUAGUGAUCUCUGUAAAAGUCAUUGGUGCCGAGACAAUGUUAACAUUAAGAUAAGGACACUUUAUAGACAACCUCCCCAUUCAUUACCAGGCCGCCAGUUAAUACUUAUGUUAAUGUGUAUUCACAGGAGACAGCUCGACCAAAGACUCAUACUAUUGAGUUUUAAAAAGGAAUGGCAAGGAGCAGACACGAUUUCACCAAGUGGAAGUUACUCUCUCAACCGGUAACACUCAAAACAUGGCGGCACUUCCCCUCGUAAAACGGAAGUGCCCCCACAGUUUGAGUACCACAGGCUGAGAAGUUGUGGGACGAAUCACCAAAUGACGGAUUUAGAAGACAGAACGCUUGAAAGGGUUAGCACUAACCCCACCUUAAUCCCAAACCACGGAAAGGGGAAGAGGCAAAAGUUAACCAAUUAUGAAGCUCGUGUUCACCCCCCCUCCGCUAUUCCCAUACGAGUAAAAAUUCAGUUAAGGAGAGUUAAGUGCCAUGCAGGUUGGUGAGAAGUCGCUGCAUGCCGAAGUUAGAAUUGACUUUUCCUUGGACUUCCUAACAGUCCUCUGCACUGGAAGCACGGAGGCGGUGAAGGUUCAAUCCCUGGUUGGGAACUAAGGCCCCUCAUACCACGUCGUGCGGGUAGAAGUGAAAAUGUUGCCUCAAUUUGGGCAGAAAUGAGGCAAGAAAACGCCUCCCAAAUGUCACUGGCCAAACAAUAUAGUAACUGGGAACACAAAAAGUUCUGCGACCUGAGAAGACACUGGGCUGGGCGGGCCGGGAGUGGGAUUCUCGGUGAUUAUGCCUUUUGUACUUUCAAUGCAGGAGACGUGGGUUCGAUCUCAACUUGGUAAUAUCCUCCAUGCCUUCUGGUUGAGAAAAAAAAAAAAAAAAUGAAAAAUCCUAUUAGAAUACACAAGGGCAGUUUAAAUGAAAAAAGGUAGCUUCGGAAAGAGGUAGCAACCCAGUGCAAUUUCAUAAUACUGAAAGCAGGAAAACAUUGAAAAUAGAAGAGCACCUGGAAAGAGAAACGGGUGAACAACUUAAGGAAAAGAAUGUCCAGGUGAUACUCACAUGAUGCAGAAUCUCAUUGCUUCUUUCGCCAGGGAGUCAGGUCUCAGACCCGCCGACCUCUUAUAUAAGCCAAAGACCCAGCCUUUGAGGGGAAGACCACUCCCCUCCACAGGUCUCCACCCAGAUCCACCCUGCCCCAUUCUGAGUCAGACCCACCCUCCAAUAUUUUUUUUUUUUUUUUUUAACCGUUGACUCCUUCAUUGUUUAGACCACCGGAACAAACAAAUCAUAAACAAACUAGGAAAAUGCAUAGAAGUACCCCCAAGAACAUAACUGUACCUUCUGGGGACUCGGUUAUUCAUUCAACUAUUUACUAUUUAGCAAUUAUUUGUUGAGCACAUAAGACACCCGAAGGCAUGCUUGCUAGUGUCUGGGGUGUUUGGGGUGAAUAAAACCAUGGAUUUUAUAGUCCAGGGCAGUGGUUUUUGACUGAGGGUGUUUUUUUCCUCCCCAGGGGACAUCUGGCAAAGUUUGGAGACACAUUUGAUUGUCACAACUGGGGAAGGCAAUGGAGUACCUUCAACCUUUUGUGGAGAACGCCAGGGGUCUUGGCAAACAUUCUAAACUAUGUACAGCGCUUUACAAGGUG